UGCGAGGUAUUCCAUUAUUCAGCAAUAGUAAAGAUUGCAGGAUUGAUAUAGAAGACUGGAUUAAGGAUAUCCAAUACUUGUUGAGUGCUACACAUGUUCCAGCGUCCCUACAUUUUGACACACUGGUGCGUUACCUGAGUGGUGGAGCAAGGAAGCUCGUAUUGAACCUCCCAUUAGAAGAGCAGAUCGCCUCCAGAGCCUUUGAGGAGUUGAGGGCUGAGUACAGUGACUGCCAUUUAUCUCUUGACCCAAUGGCAGACUUUUAUGAGCGACACCAGCGCCCAGAUGAGUCAGCCUCCACCUAUGCCAUAGAGCUAGAUGCCUUAUUGAGGAGCAUUGAAGAAAAAAUAAAUGGAGGCGGGGCACUCCAAGACAGGGACUAUAAACUCACCCAGCAGUUCAUGCGUGGCAUAAGUGAGAAAGAUGUACGUGAUCGUCUUGCCCCCAUGCAGCCUCGCUAUCUUACGUUCAGGCAGUUAAGGGAGAACUGAGACAGCUGGUGAGGGAGAAAAAUUCACUAGGCGACAAGAAGGUGAGAGCAAAGAGUGUUAGCAGCAUGCAGCAGGCUGCAGUCAGUGCAGAGGGGAGCAUGCAAAGUAAUGUUUUGCCCCAGCAGGAAGCAGCAGCCACAAGAGGGUUAAGUGAUGCCGUUCAGAGUCUUACCACCCUAGUUCAGGACCUUGCCACUCACCAGAGACAGCAGUCUGAGAAGAUGGGGCGUUUGGAGGCCAUGGUUAUGCAACAAACUGCUACUACCUACAGGUAUGUCCCCACCAGUAGCCAAGGAAGUGGUAAUGGAGCGGCGACACAGUACCGAAAGUCUGUACCACUUCUGUUAGGAACAAAUGUUAUUAGGGCUAGCAAGCAGGACUUAGAAAAACGGCUGGGCAGAGAGUUCCCUAGCUGCCUGAAAGAUGAACAUCCAGCCUGGCAUGCUGCCUACCAACAGGUGAGGGUGAAGUCACCCGGAAGGGAGCCCAAGACGGUGUCACAAGUUCGUUAUGCAGGAAAACAGCCAGUGAAAAUUAAGCCUGGGGAACACAGAUGCAUAACAGUCAAGGCUCCAUGGUCUCGUGAUAGGAGUCCAUACACUGUACUUAUCGGACCUCCAGAUGGCAAACAGUUUAUUAAAAACAUGGUGGUGGAAGAAGCAGUGGCAGAUGUGGUCCAUGGGCGGACUCUAGUGCACCUCUACAACCAAAGCACAUACAAUAUUGUUAUAAAAAGGGGCCAGACAGUAGCUAGCAUCUCUGCACUGAGCAGCGUAGAAACAGUGGUUCCCUCUGACCCUACCCCAGAUCUAGGUAGCACAGCCGGUUCGUCGCAUGAUCAACAAAGUUCUUCCCCACCAGAUAAAGCACCAGUUCAAUCGGACAUUCCGGAGAUGGAUUUGAAGGAGGCAGCAGUGCUGAACCAGGAACAACAGGAAAAGCUGGAAGAACUGCUCCGGAGGAACUCUGAUGUGUUUUCAGUUAAUCAGUUCGACCUUGGAUGUACAUCCGCUGUCAAGCAUGAAAUACCAUUGAUUGAUAACAAGCCCAUGCGCCAGCCUUACCGUAGGAUCCCACCAGCCCAGUUUCAGGAGGUUAGACGACAUCUACAGGAUAUGGUUGAAGCGGGAGCCAUUAGAUCAAGUCAGAGCCCUUAUGCCUCACCCAUUGUAGUGGCCAGGAAGAAAGACGGCUCAAUCCGAGUCUGCAUUGACUACAGACAACUAAAUGCAAAGACGGUGAGAGAUGCAUUCCCUAUGCCCCGUAUUGAGGAGGCCUUGGAUGCUCUUGGUGAUGCUGAAUUCUACUCCACACUGGAUCUCACUUCCGGCUACUGGCAGGUAGAGGUGGCUGAACACGACAAGCCCAAAACUGCAUUCACUACACCCAUGGGCCUGUUUGAGUGCAACCGAAUGCCUUUUGGCCUGCAGAAUGCACCAGCCACCUUCCAAAGACUGAUGACUCACUGCCUGGGAGACCUAAAUUUUUCAGCUGUGCUGAUAUACUUAGAUGAUGUCAUUGUAUUCUCCCGAACAUUGGAAGAGCACCAAGUGUAAGGAAGAGGAAGCAGG